AUGAAAAUUCAGGUAUUUUUAUGUGGAGGUACAGUUGGUGCAAUUCUGACAUGUCCACUGGAAGUUGUAAAAACACGUUUGCAGUCCUCCUCUGUGACUCUCUACGUCUCUGAAGUCCAUCUCAGCACUGUGAAUGGUGCUAGUGUCAAUCGAGUAACCAGAGUUUCUCCUGGACCUCUUCAUUGUUUGAAGAUGAUCUUGCAGAAGGAAGGUCCUCGUUCUCUCUUCAGAGGGCUGGGUCCUAAUUUAGUAGGCGUUGCUCCUUCCAGAGCAAUAUAUUUUGCUGCUUAUUCAAACUGCAAGGAAAAGUUGAACAAUAUUUUCAAUCCAGAUUCAACCCAGGUACACAUGAUUUCAGCUGGUGUGGCAGGUUUUACUGCCAUCACAACAACUAAUCCCAUUUGGCUGGUAAAGACACGAUUACAGCUUGAUGCAAGAAACCGUGGAGAAAAGCGAAUGAGUGCUUUUGAAUGUGUCCGAAAGGUUUAUCGAUCAGAUGGUGUUAAAGGCUUUUACAGAGGAAUGUCUGCUUCCUAUGCAGGCAUAUCUGAGACUGUUAUUCAUUUUGUUAUUUAUGAGAGUAUUAAGAGAAAACUACUUGAGCAUAAGACUGCUUCUGCCAUGGACAAUGAGGAUGAAUCAGCAAAAGAAGCUUCAGACUUUGUUGGAAUGAUGAUGGCAGCUGCCACUUCCAAAACAUGUGCAACGUCUAUAGCAUAUCCCCAUGAGGUUGUACGAACAAGACUAAGAGAAGAGGGAACAAAGUACAGAUCUUUCUUCCAGACGCUAUCUUUGCUUGUGCGAGAAGAAGGGUAUGGAUCCCUCUACCGUGGUUUAACUACACAUCUGAUCAGACAGAUUCCAAACACGGCUAUCAUGAUGUCAACCUAUGAAGUGGUAGUCUACUUGCUGGAUGGAUAGCAGUGUGACAAGGCUUUCUAGAAGAAGGUGGAAGAUGGAAAGA